CCGUAUACUUGUCAACGUAAUGCACCCCCACACGUUCAGUGUAAUGAAGCCAAUGAAUAGAUGAAACAAUUGCCUGCCAUCAAGUUGUUGCCAAGUGUAUUCUUAUUUAUAUGCUCACCUUCCUUCACUCUGUUCCUCACAUUCACUCCUCAGCUACCCCUCACUUCACUUGUAUCCACCACAAGCUUCAUUGCAGAAACACCAUUGUUGCUGCUUCUGCCUUUGAUAUAGGUGAACCCAAGAUUCCAGGUUAUAAAAAGGAUCGGGAGGAUAUUGGAGGGUUCAGCAUGAUAAAGCAAUCAGCUACUAGAAACCAGAGGUACAAAGGGUUUAAGGUCAAGCAUUUUGUGCAUAUGUGUGCCUUGCUUGCCCUUUGCAUCUGGUUGCUGAACCAAUUUAGAAACACUUACGAAAAGAAGGGCAUUGGAAUUGUCCAAAAUGGGAUGAAUGAAGAUGGAGCAAUUAAACUUGGGAGGAAGGCCCUUGAUCCUCAAGUACAAGGGUGGUCUGCGGUGAACAACGGAACCGGAGAUGUUGAAGGUGAGAUAGAUGGGGAGAAAGCCGAAGGAGAAGAAAAUGAAGUUGAGGAUCUAAUCGAUGAAGAAGAUACCGACAAGGAAAACGAAACUGUGGAUUUAGUUAUGGAGGAAAUAGUUUAGAAUGAUGAAAAGCAAAGUGGUAAAGCAAAAUCACGGCUCUUUCAACCCAUGCUAUAAGACCACAGAAUAGAAUGGGAAUCAUACCAUCACCAAGAAGCGGAGAAUUGAUUCUUUCUUGCAAAUAGCAGACAAGGUUGACAUUUAUAUGAUGCUGCUUUUUUCUUCUUUCCUCAGAAUUAUAGACUAUAGCGGCUGCAGAACUGCACAAAAUGGUUUAGCAUUUGUCAAGAUUGGCAAUGAAUGAUUAGGAAGAAACAAAACCUGUGUAGUGUUGUAUGAAGAAGAGUGUAACUUGUAAAAAUAUGACUUCAUAUUGUUCAAAGCAUGCUUCUUUUGGAUAUCAGAAAUUAGAGUAGGUUUUAAUCAAUAAACACGUCAGAAUGUAGGGAAUUCUACCCAAAGCAAUAAAAGGUAACGUUUUUACUAAGAA